AUGAAGUUGUUCUUCGCUACGCUGCUCCUUGUAGCAACGACCAAGGCUCAGGACGCUCCUCAGCCGCAGACAGACCAGCUGCUGAUCGUCAGCAACGGCACUGGACCACGCUUUGGCUACGAAGCGUUCAAUGAUGCUCCGCGAAACGCAUCCCGCGACCGACUUAGAGCUCCCAAUCACAGACAACAGCUCGGAGUACACUUCCAACUGGAACGCUGGAACGCUGCGCCCGACAGUCGAGUUGCAUAUACCAGAUCCAGCUUCAAUUGGCCACAAGAUCUAGGCAACAUCAAUCAGGUCGUACGAUCUGAGACUCAACGUGGUGCUUUGAGCAAGAUCUCCUGUCUCUACCACAUCUGGUCCGACUUUCCGGAGAACGUCACUAGUGCAUGGGAUUCCGCGGACUCUAGCUGUGCCAGUGCCAUCGGAGCAGAGUGCCAAGAGUACAUUACCCGUUCGCUGGCUCUCGAAGAGGGCUGUCCUACAGACAACUUCCCAUCUCUAGUCAGGCGCUGUCGGGGAAGUUUCGGCACGUACAUAUCUGAAUUCGGCACGACUUUUGGAAAUGCCAGUGUGCCAGCAAAUGAGACCGCUUCCGAGAGUGGCGAUACGAUCAGCUAUACUGUCAGCGAUUUGCAUGCUCCGGGUAAUGACACAGCCUUAGAGCACGCAAAGAAUCGGCUUCACAUGGUUGUGAUGGCCAGCGGGCUGGGAAAGCAACUUCUUUGUAAUCGCAUCGCUGACGUGACUGCGAGUGCGAGUGCGAGCAGUCCGCCUGCAGGCUUCAGUAUAGUGUUCAUGAGUCCGGCUGCUUUGAUGGCGAUCGGGCUUGGAGGCUGGUAG